AUGCCACACGUGUAUUUACCCCAAAUAUUAUGGCAUAGCAAAGAUAACAAACGGAGCGACCGAAUUUAUUCUGUGGACAUACAACCACAUCCCAACUACUACAGCGUCAAAAAGCUGCACAGGAAAUAUGAAUUAUUUAAAAAAUAUAUAAAAGAUAAAGAGAAUAACUGUGACACAAAAUUCUCAGUGCAAAAUGAAGUGGAAGGGGGGAAUAACCCCCCCUUGUCUUCCGUCCAUCCAAAUGGCAUGCAAAAAAACGGGGAAAUCAUAAUCGAGAAGGACAAAAACGGGGAAAUCAUAAUCGAGAAGGACAAAAACGGGGAGGGUAAAAACGGAGAGGACAAAAACGGGGAGGACCUAAACUGCGAAGGAAGGAGCGCUCAUAAUACGAUGAACCUCCAUAGUGAUGAAAACGGCGUAGAUGAGAACGAGCAAAGCUAUGCACUCAAAAAAAAUAAUUGCUGUGAUACCAAUUCCUGUAACAGUUUUUCCCAAUCAAAACACACCCCUGCAACGCUGAAAGGAGAGGAAGAACAUGUACAGAGUGACAGCCAAGACGGAGAGGGAAAAAAAACAAAAAAAGGGAAAAAGAAAUCCAUCAAGUUUAAUAUCGCCACCUGUGGUGCAGAUGAAUUUGUGCACUUAUGGAGAAUAUAUAUAAAAGACGAUUUGAUAGUUAAAUGCUUAAGCAGAUUUAUUGGUCAUAACGGAGAAAUAAAUUGUGUCCGUUUUAACAAAAAUGGUAGAUAUUUAGCUAGCGGAGGGGAAGAUAAAUUUUUAUACAUUUGGGAAAAGAGCAAAAAGCCAAAAAAUAUUCCUCUAGGAUAUGACAUAAGCUUUCUAGAUUAUAAAGAAUGGUGGAAUAUAGUAGGAUCAUUCAGAUGCAGUGGUGUUAUCAACAGCAUCACGUGGUCAAAUAACGACACCUUAUACAUAGGAAAUGAGGAUAAUAACAUUAACAUAAUAGAAUUUGUUAAAAACUCGAAUUGUAAAGUAAAGGUUUUAGAAGGACAUGCUGGAAUUAUCCAAGGAAUAUCACUUGAUGUGAACAACGAAUUUCUGGCUUCCCUCAGUGCUGACCAGACUCUCAAAAUAUGGAAGAAAAAAAACGAUGGGAAAUCAUGGAAACUGGAAAAUUCCAUAAAAAAUAUAAAAGCAGAUCAACUAGAAAAACGGUCCACAGCUUACAUCACCUAUAAUGAGUAUGAGUUUAACGAGAAGGGCGCAGACAGACAUGAAACCUCUGCAACGAAAAGAGACGAGAAGAAAGAAAUGCAGAGCGCACCGGAUGAUUUGACCGAAGAAUUCGCAAAGGAAAGGAAAGGCGAUGCAGGUGAAGGACAAAGGGAGAAAGGUAAAGGGGGGCAGCAGGAAACACUCGAAACGCAGGAGACAUGCGCAGAAAAUGAAGAUCUUGAAGAAGAUUACGAUGAUGAAGAUAAAAAAAAAAUAUUCGCAAGAAAAGAAGAAAAAGAAUUAGGAGAGAAUGAACCAGAAGAUGAGGAAGAAAUUGGCAGCGCAGAGGAAGAGGAAGAAAAAAAAUUAAGAAGAUGCUUAUUUUCAAGCGAAGAAAUGUUACCUUCUUUUUUUAGACGCAUUGAUUUUUCCCCCAAUGGAGAAUUUCUAAUAGCACCAAGUGGUAUUCAAUUCGAACAGAUUGAAAAAAUUCAUGAUAAAAACACAAAAACAGAAGAAAAUGUAAAAACCACCAACCAGAUAAAAGCGUUCAGCUGCUUCUACAUAUAUCAUAAGAAUUUGUUCAUUAGGUACAGUAUCCCAUUUUUUACGGUUUUUUCCCAAACCAGCCAUUUUCUAGUAGCCAAAUUUAAUUAUAACACUUUUAAGUUAAGAACACACCAUAAUAUUCUCAAACGAUGCUACCUGCAUUUGAUGAAUUCAGAGACAAAUGAUCCAGAUGCAUCUAACAGUGUCAAUAAAAAAAGAAAAAUGUUCGACCAAGUGGGUCUUAUUAAUGAAUUAAAAAAUUAUGAACAUUUAAUGAAACUCAAUUAUGAAAAAACAUUACUGUUUAACGACAAACAAGUGCAAGAUGACGUGAGUGAAGAUGUUAGCAGCACCAUCUCGGAUAGCGACGUGCAGUAUGAUGAUGAGAAAGAGGAUUUCAUAGACUCCACAGGGGACUACUCCUUAUCGAAUAACGUUGACAAGAAUGAAGAGGAGCAGGAAAAGGAAGACUGCGAAGAUGUGGCCAUCGAAGCGGAGGAUCCAGAAGAAGACACGGAGGAGGAGGCCGAUGAAAACGAAGAUAACGAGGACAAGGAAGACGAUGAGGAUGACAUGGAAGACGGAGAAAAUGACAAAAAUAGCGAAACUGACCAACGAGAUCGAAAUCACAAAAAUGACUAUAGCAAAGGCAGGGCGGGUCCCGACCCAAAGGAGGAGGACGCCGCCCACAAAUGCAGUGACGAAAAACACGAGUUGGAAGUUUGCGAAACGAAGGAGAAAAAGGAAGAAAGAUUCAUUUAUUCCUUGGGAACCUUUGACGGAAGCGUAUACUUUUACGACAGCGAAAUUAUGGACACUCCAAUCAGCAUAGUCAAAAAUAUACACCUCUGCCCAAUCACAGAUAUAUCAUGGAAUAACUUAGGAAAUAUAUGUGCAUGCUCGAGUUCAGACGGAUAUGUCAGCUUUUACUACUUUGAUAAUAACGAAUUGGGGAAUGUAAAAGCUUACAAUAAUUACUACUUUGACAAAAAAUGUAACGACUUAAUAUUCGAUGAACAUUACUUCGAAAAUACCUUUUACGAUGAAAUAGAUUUUUUUAACAAAGACCAAUUAAAUGAUUAUACAUCCAGCGAAGAUGAAUACGAAGAAAGCAACUUGUCAAUAAACAAAGAAGAAACCAAAGUUCGAAGAAUCAAUUUGGUCGUGGGUAAUGCGGCUAAUUUUGUCCUAGAGCAAAAUACAAAGAAGUGA